CCAGAAGAUCAACAUGCCUUUAACUCUCCACCUAACCAAAAAUCACACCACCAUACUACAACUGAAGAAAAACGGAUUAUUAAUAAAAAGCAAUAUGAUACGUUGUUCUCAACACCUAGUCUUCCGAAGACACUGACGUCUGCAGACCUAGACAUAACGUUGUUGACCUGUUUGUUACAGCAUACAUGUGGUCUUCAAAAAAGUACACCAAACAGUGUUUGGUUUUCAACUCCUGCCCAGACUGAUACAUCACUUGAAGCUGAAAUUGUCAGAAUGAGACAUUUUCGAAAUGAGCUUGCACACAAAAUGUCUAUCCCGCUUUCACAGCAAGAUUUCAGUACUAUGUGGAGCGAAAUUGAGACGGUACUUUUAAGAUUAAAUGGUAAUAAUACAAAUAGCAUUUCAAAUCUGCAAGCAAAAAUAGAUGCUUUUAAAACUGACACUGUUGACGAAGAAACACAAGAGCGAUAUGAUCAACUACUUGAAGACUGGGGAGAGAUGGACAAAACAGUACUGGCGGGAUUGGAAGAAUUAACGCAAAUGUUGCGCGACGAGAGCGGCAGGUCUAAGGCAGUUGUUCAGGAGAUGACUGAAAUACGUGAAAAUAUUCAGACAAUUCAACAUAAAGUAUCGCCAAGGCUGGAAAGCCUUAAAGUGUUUUCACAGCGGCAUUUCAGCGACGUAAAAGAAAAAGAAGACCUGUUUGUAAAAACGGGGGUUUAUAAACAAGCAUUGAAACAACUAAACACAUCCGGGAUUGCUAUUUUAAGCGGCUAUGCUGGAGAAGGAAAAACAACAAUGGCAUCACAUAUGCUACUUGAAACAUGUCCGUUGAAUAAAAUCCUCAAACUGUCAACUCCGGACGAUUGGACACAAGUGAAUGUCAGAGACAAAAACUGCAAUGGAAUUUUCAUUGACGACAUCUUCGGAUCUGACGCAUUUGAUGCAGAAAAAAUGAAAGGCUGGAAACCAUACUUAGAUGAACUCAAAGCAGAAGCACAUGGAUUGAAUUUGUUAGUGGUUAUAACAACACGUCAGAAUAUUCUAAGCAAAGCAAAGGAUCAUCGUAAUUUGGAACUUUUAAGAGAAGAAAAUGUCACAAUUCUCUCUUCUUCAAACCUUUCAAAAGAUGAAAAAAAGAAUAUUCUAAAGCUUCAUUUACAAACGAACAGAAAAGAGUGUCUUCCAUCCAUUCUCAGUUCGUCCGUUUCCCGAUGGAAAGAUGAUGAAUGUAAAAUAGGGUUUCCAGAAUGUGCAGUCAUGUUUUCUAAAAAUGACACACUGUUUAGAAAGGGCGCCGAGUUUUUUGCGGCACCAUUUGAAUUUUUCCGCAAGUGCCUUUCAGAACUUUCGAAAAAUGAAGAUGAGUUUAUGAUACUUGUACUUUUGUGGACGAAAUCAUCUAGAAAAUUGUCAAAAUUUGACCUGGAACCAACACAUAUUCACUCACUGUCAGAAAUAGCUGCAGAACUCGAUUACCCUCUUAAGGAGAAGUCGAAGAUUUUAAGAAAAGCUCUUGAUUACCAUAAAGGUGGCUUUCUGAGCCUUAGGAAUGACGAAUACACAUUUAGCCACAGCGUUAUUGGCGAUGUUGUUGGGCUUGUUACUGGUGAAGAAUACCCAGCUGUAGCAAUUAAAUACGGACCAAAAAGCUUCGUAUUGGAUUAUGUUCAAACGAAAAGCAACGACAGUGAAAAUUGUAUUCUUGUGAACGACAGAAGAUACUCUGAUCUCAGUAAAAGGUUAAAUAAGCUUCUAUUUGAGAAGAAGGAAAGGUCUUCAGAGUUAGAUAGCACAAUAAAUAAGCAAAAAAGGAAUAGAAAAUACACGUAUAUCGCAGUCACUUCCAGACAUUUCAGUUCUUGAGCAUGAAGCCUUCAACAAUGAAACGUUUGUUCGAGAGCAUAUAGACGCUGCAAAGGGAAACGAUAUUUUGACAACGCCAAUUUUAGAAGUCUAUGAACAUUUUCGCAAUCCUUACUGCAUUGUAUUCGAGGACGGAGAUAUGGGCAUGUGUAUGCCAGCAUUAUUUCUAGCAAAGAACAAUGAACUAAUGGUCACUGAAUGCAUUAAACGAGAUAUGCUGACAGACAGAGAAAAAUAUAUAUCACUGCUGUUCGCUACACGGGACAAUAAUAAAAUUUUGGUCUGAAAGCUGAUAGAAGCAGGUGCAGAAGUGAAUGAAGACGCCUUGCAAAUUGCUACCGUCAACGAAAAUAUUGGGAUCAUGAAACUCCUGUUACACCAUUUUUCUCAACUCGGUGCAACCAAUAAUCAUAUACAGAAAAGAAAUUCCCAACUAAUCACCGCUACCAAGAGAAGUUCCCUAAAAGCUGUCACCUGAUUGCUCCAAAGUGAUGUAGACGUAAAU